GGGCCGUCAGUUAGCGGGCACACUAUUCGAUUCAACUAAAGUAGGAAAUAAUUUCCACUCCUGAUAAAUAUCAAAUAAUUUUGCACUUUUAUAAGCGUCGCCAGCUCACUUUUCUAUCCGCGUCUUCGCAGUUUUUACAGCCAAUAAAUCGAACGACCUUGCCCAGUGCGUGUGCCUUCGUCACCAGUGAAAACAUUACGUAGGGGUAACGGAAGAAAGCAGGAAAAGAAAAGAUCUAAAAAUAUUUUUAAUCGCCGUGAAAGUAGCCAGCGGAUUUUAGUCGCAAAAUAUCAUUUAAUUAGAGCUCCGAGGACAUAAAUAACUGCGAAAAUGGUCUUGAAAGUCUACGUCAGCGGCAUGUCCGGCAACAAGGAGGUCAAGAAGCGCCAGCAGCGCGUUCUGAUGAUCCUGGACAGCAAGAACAUCAAGUACGACACGGUGGACAUCACGGAGCCCGGCAAGGAAUCCGAGAAGGAGCUGAUGCAGAACAAAUCGACGAGCAGCGGCGGAACGGUCAGCGACCCAGAGCCCCGCCAUCCGCUUCCUCCCCAGCUCUUCAACGACGAGGAGUACUGCGGCGACUACGACGCCUUCGACAUGGCCAACGAGAUCGACACACUGGAGGUGUUCCUCAAACUGGUCUCCGCCGAUACCACGGCGGUUAGUACCGCCCAAAUCGAACUGAAGCAGGAGAACGGCGAGGCCAAGAAGGAGGAGGCCGAGGCGGAGGAGAAGAAACCAGAGGAGGAGGAGAAGAAGCCAGAGGGCGGCGAUGGCGAUGCCAAGGACGAGGCUGCGGAGAAGGCCGAGAACGAAGACGAGGACGGCGAGGACAAAAAGAAAACAGAGGCCGAAGGUGAAGAUGGAUCCGAAAAUACUGAAGAAAAGACUGAAACCGCAGAGGGAGAUGAUACCAAAGAGGAAGUUGAUACAGAUAAACCGGAGGAUGUUGAUGCAGAUGAAUCCAAGGAAGAUAAUACAGAUGAAUCCAAGGAAGAUAGUACUGCAGCAAAAACCGAGGGAGAUGAUACCAAAGAUAAACCCGAAGAAGAUGAUGCAGAAAAAUCAGAGGAAGUUGAUACCAAAGAAAAAACCGAAGGUGAUGAAGAUGAUACCAAAGAUAAACCCGAGGAAGAUGAUACCAAAGAUAAACCCGAGGAAGAUGAUUCCAAAGAUAAGCCCGAGGAAGAUGAUACAGAAAAAUCCGAGGAAGAUGAUAACAAAGACAAAACGGAAGGUGAUAAGGGAGAUGAUACCAAAGAUGAAACCGAAGAAGUUAGUACUGAAAAAUCAGAUGAAGAAGAGACUAAAGAUAAAUCCGAAGAUGAUGCCGAAGAUAAUACCGAGGAUAAACCCGAGGGAGAUGGUGAAGUAGUUGAUGAUACCAAUAAGGAAGUUGAUACGGAUAAGCCGGAGGAAGCUGAUACAGAAAAAUCCAAGGAAGAUGAUUCAAAAGUAGAAACCGAUGAUAAAGAAGGUGAAGAUGAUACCGAAGAUAAACCCGAUGAAGUUAAAACAGAAGAUUCUCUGGGAGAUAAGGUCGAAGAAGAAACUGAAGAGAAAUCAGAGGAAGAAAGUACCAAAGAAACUACCGAAGAAGAGCAGAAAGAAUCCACCGAGGCAGAGGCCCCUGAAGAAACGGCGGCAGAGGACACGCCCGAAAAUGAAGAAAGUAAACCGGCUGAGGAGAAUUCUUCUUCAGAAGAAAGCGAAGAGGAAUAACCGCUGACUACCAAAAUCGAUUAAACGACCUGCACACACUGACAUCAUAAACACCAAUGCACAAACACACACUCGCACAUAAAAACGCACAUUUAGCCAAAUAAUACCGAAAAAGUUUUGUAAAUAGAAACAAGAACCCACUAAUAACGAAUUUGGUGACGGGUAACGAAACCUAGAUUAAGGCUUUAUGUGACUUUAAUUUAUAAUUUUCCCCCUUUUCACUCAAUAAAUUACGCGCUCCUGUCUACAACAACAACAAAAGAAGUUAACAGCGACAACAACA